AUGGGGCUGGGAUGGGGAGAAAAUGGCGGUGAUGUGAAGAUUGAUGGCUUCGUCGAAAGUUUAACAACGAUUCCCUUUCCAGAUGGCUUCAUCAUCAAGUUUUUGGGCGACAAGGACACAUUUGUACAUAACUAUAAGGUGUCAGCAGACGUUGCCGCGCUACUGACGGAAGAGGAGCAAAAAGCUCUUAACCAUUUUUGCAUUUGUAGAUGUAACAAUUUUAUUAAAGUGUACGAGGGAUCAGCAGGGUCUAUUACCCGGCUUGAGAUCCUCAAUAUAUUACGCGGUGGGCGACUGGAUGAUUCACUUGUUGAUACGCUGCUUGAUUUAGUUCGUGAAAAUCAGAGAGCGUCGUCCAGUAUAAAAUUCGGCGUGGUCCCUGUUUGGUUUAGUCACCAGAUACAUGUGCUGAAACCAGAUUACCAAGAGCUGCAUGAUAUCUACAUCAAACGCUUGGUCGAUGAAGGGUGUACUAACCUCUUAGUUCCCAUUGUCCAGGGCGAUCAUUGGCAUCUUCUGGAGUUUGAUGUCGAAAAUGAUAUUGCCAGGCAUUACGACUCCUUGAAGGAGAGAUCUGGACAUUGGGACCCUGUGCUCAAUAUCGUCAAAGCCUUCAACUACAUUAAAGCUGGCUUCAAUGAGAACCAAUUGCGCAGCGUAUUCGACCCAAUCAAAGUUCCAUGCGAGGAGCAAAAGGGAUCGUAUGACUGUGGGAUCUAUGUCUACCAGUUCGUACAAGCGAUUACCGAAGGUAGAGAUGUCCUGCACGUCACGCCCGAAGAGCAUAACACAUGGGUGGUUCGUGCGAAGCUAGCAGCGUACUUACUGAUUGAAGGCAGGAAGAGGAAAAAAGAGGUGGGAAAACUUGACGAUGAUGACGUUGAGAUGUAGAUUUUUUGUAAAUGAUAUAUUACAUUUCUUUGGUGUUACUAA